AUGGAGCCACUUAUUGCACUUCUUCAUAUGGUAAUGGCCAUCAUGACUUUCUCUAAAGCUAAUGAGACUGUCUGUCAUCUGCGAGGAGAGCCGGCCUACCCUCAGCUAUGGAAAGAUGGGGACAUCAUAGUUGGAGGGGUUUUCUCCUUCCAUAGCAGCUGGGAGGUCAGACAACUAACAUAUUCAAUUACACCACCUCCACUGAAGUGCAUCAGUCUUAAUUUCAGAGAUUUCCAGCAUGCACAGACGAUGCUCUUUGCUAUAGAGGAAAUUAACAACAGUUCCACUUUGCUUCCGGGGGUCUCAUUGGGCUACAAGAUCUAUGACACAUGCGGCUCUGUGGCAGUGGGGGUUCAAGCAGCUAUGGCCCUCGCCAAUGGGCAUGAUAAAACAUCUGUUGAAGGGCCGUGCACAAAGCAAGCAGAGGUGCAAGCCAUUAUCGGAGACACAACCUCAUCAGCAUGCAUGGCAAUAACAAAAAGUAUUGGACCAUUUAAACUUCCAUUGAUCAGUCAUUAUGCAACAUGUGAGUGCCUCAGUGACAAAAUCAAAUAUCCUUCAUUUCUUCGAACUAUUGCAAGCGAUUACUUUCAGAGCAGAGCAUUGGCAGAACUGGUCAGACACUUUGGCUGGACCUGGGUAGGAGCUUUAAGAACAGAUGAUGAUUAUGGCAACAGUGGAAUGGCCACUUUCACUAAAGUAGCUGAGCAGAUGGGCAUCUGUCUGGAAUAUUCCCUCCCGUUUUUCAGAACAUACACAGAAGACAAAGUACUGCGAAUAAUUGAACAGAUUAAAAGCUCUACUUCUCGAGUGAUUGUGGGAUUUCUUGCCCACUGGGACUUGGAGGUUCUGUUGCAUAAAUUUGUUGAACACAAUAUUACAGGAUUUCAGUGGGUGGGCACAGAAGCCUGGAUCUCAGAUUCUGUCAUUGCCAGUAUGGAUAAACACCAUAUUUUGCAGGGGGCUGUUGGGCUGGCUAUACCUAAAACACAGGUGACAGGUCUAAAGGAAUUCAUUCUAAAUAUAAAGCCACUGAAGUCUUCAGGAAGUGCCAUUUUUAAUGAGCUCUGGGAAGCUUUGUUUCAGUGUAAAUACUUCAAUGAUUCAACCUUCACCACUGAAUGUUCAGGCAAAGAGGAGUUGUCUCAGGUGCAAAACCUAUUCACAGACAUGUCACUCAUGCCCAUCUUCAGUAAUGUGUAUAAAGGAGUGUACGCUGUAGCUCAUGCACUUCAUGACCUUCUGGGCUGCACGGACAAAUGUGAAACAAAGAAACAGCCUGAUCCCUCAACAUUUCUGAAGCACCUGAAAAAAGUGCAUUUCAAAACCAAAGAUGGCGAGGAUGUUUACUUUGAUGAGAAUGGAGAUCCAGUUGCAAAAUAUGAUAUAAUAAAUUGGCAACCAAGUAAAAAACAACACUACGAAUUUGCCACUGUUGGGCUUUAUGAUGCAUCUUUUGUCGGGACAGAUCGUUUAGCUGUGAAUAUGACAUCAAUUUUAUGGGCAAAAAAUUCUACACAGGUGCCAGUGUCUGUGUGCAGUGAGAGUUGUCCUCCAGGCACUAGGAAGGCUGUACAGAAAGGAAAACCUAUAUGUUGUUAUGACUGUAUACCUUGUACAGAAGGUGAAAUCAGUAACACAUCAGAUUCUGUGACAUGUCUGCGGUGCCAUGAAGACUUCUGGUCAAAUCUGCAGAAGGAUGGAUGUGUUAACAAGGAGACUGAAUAUUUAUCCUAUGAGGAGAUCAUGGGAAUUUUGCUCACAACUAUUUCUAUUGUUGGUGCAUUUACAACAAUGUUAAUUGCAGUCAUAUUCUUCAGAUAUAAAAACACUCCAAUAGUUAAAGCAAACAACUCAGAGCUGAGCUUUCUGCUCCUGUUUUCACUAAUGCUGUGUUUUCUCUGUUCACUUACUUUCAUUGGUCGCCCCACUGAGUGGUCCUGUAUGUUACGUCACACAGCGUUUGGGAUCACUUUUGUCCUCUGUAUCUCUUGUGUUCUGGGUAAAACAAUAGUUGUGUUAAUGGCCUUUAAGGCCACACUUCCAGGAAGUAAUGUCAUGAAAUGGUUUGGGCCUCCUCAGCAGAGACUCAGUGUUCUUGGUUUCACACUUAUACAAGUGCUUAUCUGUAUACUUUGGCUCACAAUAUCUCCACCUUUUCCUUUUAAAAAUCUAAACUACGUCAAAGAAAAAAUAAUUUUAGAAUGUAACGUGGGUUCAUCUGUAGGCUUCUGGGCUGUGCUGGGUUACAUUGGACUCCUUGCUAUUCUAUGCUUCUUUUUGGCUUUUCUGGCUCGCAAACUGCCUGAUAACUUCAAUGAAGCUAAAUUCAUCACAUUCAGUAUGCUCAUAUUCUGUGCUGUGUGGAUCACAUUUAUUCCAGCUUAUGUCAGUUCUCCUGGAAAAUUCACAGUAGCAGUAGAGAUAUUUGCCAUUUUAGCUUCCACAUAUGGACUGUUAUUUUGCAUCUUCAUUCCUAAAUGCUAUAUUAUAUUAUUGAAACCAUACAAAAAUUCUAAAAAACACAUGAUGGGUAAAGUACCCUCAUGA